UGGAGUAUUGCUGUUUUUUGUACCUACUACCUAUCUAGUUUUAUUUCUUAGGUAGAUACUUUUUGCUCUAAAUAUUGUGUAAUUUGCAAAGUUUUAAUUGUAAACCAACGUUUGAAUACAUUUUAGGAAACAAUAUGGUUAAAAUAAGUUUCCUCAUACAUUAAAACUCUGAUGAUAAUAAUUAAAUCAUAAUGGAAGUGGAUUUAAAACAGCUUGUCCACGAAGAUCAAACUAUCAAAAUUGUUCCGUCGGUUGAAGAAUCCCUUCGGAAACUAGGUGUAAACACAGAUCUCGAUGAUAGUAUUCAGUUAUGGUUUAAACAUCUAAAACAUCAGUGGAAAACGUGGAAAAAAAGUCCCGCUACGGACAGUCACUUUAACUGUUUGUUUAGGAUUACAACUGAUCCAUACACAGUAGCUUUGGUUUGCUGUGUCAAAUGCGAGGAGUUUAAAGAUAGCAAGAACAAGUCGCUGCCGUAUUAUAUCAUAGAAUGUUUGGGUGAAUGGUCCCAAUCUAAUAACGGAUCGCCAACAGAUUCAUUGAAGCUCCCUGCUUUCCAAAUUGCAAUAAGCCAGAGAAGCGCCCAGUUUCUCAAAUUAGUGAUAAAAACAUACCAUGUGUACACAAUUAAAGAAAUUAUAUUGCCCAUAAUAAAAGAUAUGAUAAGAAGUGACAAUUGUAAACAAGCCUCUCAGAUAGUAAUAGCAAUGGAGUUGUAUGAUGACGUACCAGUGGAAGAUGUACUAUUUCCAUUUAUUCUUCAAGACAAAGCCAACAUGAUUGAUGAAUAUUUAUCGGAGUGUCCUAAGCAAGUGAGGCCGCUCUUAACAUUUUUGGACAGGUUAUUGGAUAAGAAUUUAAGUGUUAAAGACUAUGCACAACAAUACAUAGAAAAAAAUAAAGUGUGUCAUGUAAAGUAUGAUAAAAUUCACUACAAACCUCUUGGCAAAUUAGUUGGACGGUUGUGUAAUAAGUUUAACGUUCCAAUAGAGAGUUGUAAAAAUUUAAGUAGGAAUCGCACAACAGGAGGGUUGAGAUAUCUGAUUCAUCAGAAGUAUAUUGAACAUAAUGUAAGUUCAACAGUAUGGGAUGAUUUAGUUAAGGACUCUCUUCACCAAAGUGGAUGUGCUCAGGAAUUUAUUGACAUGCUAGUAGAUUAUGAUACUAAUGAGGCCCUCAAAUGGGCCUCAUACUUUAAGUUAACCGAGGACUGUUUACCAUUAGCUUUGCAGAAUAUGUCAUUAAAAGAAGUGCCCAAAGAAGAUGAAAAUUGGGAUGAUGAAAAUACCACUCAGAGCUUCUUUAAACUAUCCUUAUCUGAAAAUAAUAUAAUAGUUAUUGAUACUGCUGAAAAAUUUUAUGAUGUUGUUACAACUUUAGUAAAUUGCAGCAUAGUUAGUAUUGACUGUGAAUGGAAACCAUCAUUUGGUGCUGUACAAUCUCAAGUUGCUCUAAUUCAAAUUGCAACCUUUGAUUAUAUUUAUCUGAUUGAUACAUUAGUUCUAAAUAAUAAGCAAUAUACAAGCUUCUGGCAUAGAUUUAAUAAAUCAUUAUUAGACAAUGCUGAAAUCAUUAAAUUAGGUUUUGGUCUUGAACAAGAUUUGAAAGAAAUUAAAGCCUCCGUAAAUGGUCUAGGUAACAUUAAAGUAAAGGGUGAAGGCUUAUUAGAUUUAAGCUUAUUGUGGAAAAGUGUUAUUAAUCUUGGUCUAACAUUACCUAACAAUAGUGAAACUGGAGGAAACAGUUUGAGCUCCAUAGUGCAAGCUUGCUUUGGUGUUCCAUUGGAAAAGGCCGAGCAGUGUUCUAAUUGGGAGUUAAGACCUUUAAGAAAAACUCAGGUUAAUUAUGCUGCUAUUGAUGCUUAUGUUUUAUUAGAAAUUUAUAACUACCUACAAAAGUUAUGUGCGGAACAGCAAAUAAAUUUUGAAGAGACAUGUAAUUAUGUGAUGUUAGAAAAAAAAAUAAAGACAAUAAAAAAAUCUAAAGUUGCAGAUAGAAUACAAGCAUCCACUAAGGUUUUUAAAAGAUGCAGUAAAGAUGUUAAAAUAUUGAUUGAGCCUGAAUUAUCUAAUUUGGCAGCAUACUUAAGGUAUUGUGAUAUUGACACAAUAGUUACUGUACCAAAGAUGCAUUGGCAUGACACGGUUAAUUUAGCAUGGUCAGAAAAUAGAUUAAUUUUGACAGCUAAGUUAAAAUUAGCACCAUGUUCCAAAUUCUCUCAAAAUUUUAUUUUGGAUACAUUCAAGUGCAAUUCCAUCAAUGACCAGUUACAGAAAGUAUUAUCUAGUUUUAAUAUUACUGUUGACCAAAGUGAACUCCUGAGUAGAUGUUUACAUUGUAAUGGUAAAGAAAUGAAAAUAAUGACUCACAGUGAAGUUAAGGACUUGUGCAAUAAAUAUGAAGCUGUUGGUCGCAGUAAUACAAAGAGCACAAGACUUAGUGAUAAUGAAGAUGAUGAUGCAUAUUGUGAUAACUUCCUUAGUGACUCUGAUGGGGAUGAUUUUUGUGUAUUCCAACCCGACACCAAGGGACAUACAAAUAAUAGUAAGGUUUUAACUGAAUCAUGUAUAACUAGCAAAGGAGCAGUGAUUGAUAUCAACAAUGUCCAACAGCUUUCAAUGUUAUGUAAACCUGCAACUCUUUGUGAAACUUGUGGUAAAUUGUAUUGGGAUGAAGAUCCUUUGCUAAAAUCUGUUAGACAAGUAAUCUCACCACUCUUAAUUAACUCUUAACUAAGCUUAUAAAACAAAGUAAAAAUUUAAAACCUACAAAUUCAAUAAUCAUAAGAUUUUUUUUUUAAUAUUGGUCAGGGAGCUUUGCUUUAAAGCAGUAUUAUUUUGAUAUUGUUGAUGCAUUUGUUUCAGGAUUUAAAUUCUUAUUUUCUUGAAUGUUUAGGUAUAGUCAUAAAACUGGUAUUUUUAAUGCAAUACUGCUUAAGCAACAUAGUAAAUCUUUGUACAAUGGAGACAUAAGUACUAUGGUAUCCAAUGUAUUGUUGAUGAAAAUAAAACCAGAAAAGGAUCUUAGUUUGAGCGAAUGAAACAACAACAUAUUAUACUAAAACUGUAUAAUUAAUUACUUUACUGGUCUACAAACAGACUGAGAAUUUGUUUGACUGUGUUGACCUAUAACAUGUUAUGAUAAUAGAAACAAUGUUUUAACAUAAAAGUUGAUUUAUUUUAUAACAUGACAAUAAUUGUCCAUUAUAAAUAUUGUAAAAAAAAAAAAAAUAGGUAAACAUUUU